AUGCCAAGCAAACCUACAUUAGAUGACACAAACCGCGACAGCGAGCCGAUUGCCGAUUGGGAAGUUAUCGAGCCUGAUUUGGCCGACUCUGAGUUAAAGGCCCAAGGUGAGUUCGACUCAAAUGAUAUUGUUCAUCGAGAGGUGGAAAGGUCCCUGGCGCCAGCGACAGAGGCAAAAGCGAAACAAUCAGAAGACCAAUCUUGUCACAUUAGCGAGGUUACGACCAAGGAGCAGGAAAUUUUAGUAUUUCCCGUAAAGGAUGUUGGAAACGAUGGUGGAAACGACGAGAAAGAACAACCUUAUACUGCUUUUUCAAAUAAGCAAGUGAUACUUAUUUUCAUUAUCAUUGUGUAUAUCGGCUUUUUGGGACCUCUGUCAGGAAACAUUUACAUCCCAGCUUUGCCUAUCAUGCAGAACGUUUUUGGACUCUCUACUACUGCAAUAAAUGCAACUGUUUCUGUUUUCAUGGCAGUAUUUGCUGUUGGUCCUUUGAUUUGGGCAAGCUUUGCAGAUUUUGGCGGUCGCAAAAUAUUGUACAUGAUCUCUUUACUGUUGACUGUUAUUGUGAACAUAUUGCUUGCUGCAGUCCCUGUCAACACCGGUGCUUUGUUUUUUCUGCGAAUAAUGCAAGCUUUCGCUUCCAGUUCGGUCAUGGCAUUGGGUGCUGGGACGGUUAGUGAUAUUAAACCGCCUAGAGUUAGAGGCAAAGCAAUAGCAUAUUUUAUGUUGGGCCCAAAUAUGGGGCCAAUCUUAGCGCCAAUUAUCGCUGGUCUUAUUCUGAUGAACGGAUCGUACUGGAGAUGGUUAUUUGGAUUCACUUGUAUUUUAUCGGGCAUUGGCCUCUUUGUGGUCAUAUUUUUUCUCCCGGAAACACUGCGUUGCGUCGUAGGCAAUGGCGAUCCCAAGUGGGUUGACGAAGAGCUUAAAAAGCCAGAUUCUUGGACGAAUGGCUUUUCCAAAGCGGGAAUAAGGAUCUUUAGUGACAUCGGUUUUUUGAAACCAGUUUCUCAAGCACCAGAGUUCCUCGAGCUGUACCCAAGACCACCAAAGCCUAGCUUGACCGUUUACUGGAGCCUCGUCAAGUUUCCUCCAGUUCUGUUAUGCUCCAUAACAACGGCCAUUCUUUUUGCUGCUUACUAUGCUUUUAGCGUCACUUUUUCGCAUUUCUUGAGAGAAAAGUACCAUUUAACAAAUCUGCAAAUUGGCGCAUGCUAUGUAUGUCCAGGAUUAGCUCUAUUAUUGGGAUCUGUGACCGGAGGACAUCUGUCGGAUUAUUUCCGGCACGUAUGGUUAAAAAGUCACCCAGGUGAAAGCUUUCCGGGCGAGAAAAGAUUACUUUUGCAGAUUUGGGGUUUGCUGUUGAACAUCUGCGGAUGCAUUGGCUACGGCUGGAGUAUCCAGUUCCAGUAUCACCUAGCUGUUGUCUUGGUAUUUUCGUUUUUCACGGCUUUCGGAAUGACCUGGUGCUCGAACACUAGCAUGACUUACUUGACGGAGUGCAUUCCACGAAGAGCAGCAGGCACCGUAGCAGUUGGUAGUUUUUUCAGGAAUUUGGCUGCGGGAAUCAGUUCUGUUAUUAUCAUGAAACUCUGCGACGAGAUGGGCGUUGGCUGGUGCUUCACUGGUUUGGCAUUUUGCGAUCUGGCAUCACUCGCAGGCAUCGUGUAUCUGAUCACAAACGGACGCAAGUGGGGGCCAGCAAUUCACUAG